UCAGGAGCUGGAUAUAAGGUCGAGAUAACCUGAAGACCUCUACUGUUGGGACACUAUUAGAAAGCAGAGUGCUGGGGGGACUUUUAUUUUGAAACGGUAGAAAAGUCUCGCAGAAACUCCAGCAUUAAGCUUUGAUUCUUGCUUCUCGUGUGAUUUAUCGCAACUAUGGAAGAGGAGACAACCCCAGUGCGGCAGCAGCACCUGUUUAACGUGAAGAAGCUGCAGAAGCACCUGAUAGGUCGAUUACGCGGCGUUUCUGAGAACACUGCAGUGUCUGUGCGCCAGUACAGUUCUGGACAGUCCAACCCCACCUUCUUCAUCCAGACUCCUGACAGGUCCUAUGUGCUCAGGAAGAAGCCCCCUGGCCCUUUACUGCCUGGUGCACAUAAGGUGGACAGAGAGUAUGCUGUACAGAAGGCUCUGCACUCUGCCGGCUUUCCUGUUCCUCAGCCUCUGCUGUACUGUUCAGACACAGAUGUCAUCGGCACUGACUUCUACAUCAUGGAGCAUGUACAGGGUCGUAUAUUCCGGGACCUGAGGCUGCCAGGGCUGAGUGCAGCAGAGCGUGUUGCUCUGUAUGUUGCUGCAGUUGAGACGUUAGCCAGACUGCACUCUAUUGACGUCACCAAGCUCGGCCUUCAGGGAUACGGGAAAGGGGCAGGAUACUCUAAGAGACAGGUGUCGACUUGGACAAAGCAGUACAGAGCCUCAGCCCACAGAAGCAUUCCAGCUAUGGAUGAGCUUUCUGAAUGGCUGGGCAAAAACAUACCAAGUGAUAAUGAAGUCACUCUGGUUCAUGGUGAUUUUCGGAUUGACAACCUGAUAUUCCACCCAACUGAGGCACGAGUGGUAGCUGUUUUGGAUUGGGAACUAUCGACGACUGGUCAGCCAAUAGCAGAUCUAGCGUACUUCCUCAUGCCUCAUUACUGCCCCUCCCAUCAUGGGAUGAUCAGCACUUUGGGUGGAAUUACAGGAAUUGAAGGUAUUCCUCCUCCAGAGGACCUGAUCUCCAUCUACUGUCGCUGCCGUGGGCUCCCCUCCUCUCUUCCUCAUCAGAAUUUCUUCAUCGCCCUGGCCAUGUUUAAAAUGGCCUGCAUUGCACAGGGGAUCUAUGCAAGGUUUAUGCUUGGGAAUGCUAGUGCUCCUGAUGCUGCUCGAUAUGGAGACACUGUGGAGCCUUUAGCUCAGCUGGCUUUGAAGAUUGCCCACAGCUCGUCCUCGGUCAAGGCAGUUGUUGACACGCUCUUUCUCCAGUCUCCAAAAGGCCACGCUGUGCUCCAGCAGGUUCAGCAGUUCAUGAAGCAGCACGUCCUGCCUGCUCAACAGCAAAUAACAGAGUAUUAUGCUAAACACACUGACGGCCCCCAGAGAUGGCAGACACCCCCUGUGCUAGAGGAGCUGAAGGCUAAAGCUCGUGCUGCAGGACUGUGGAACCUGUUCCUGCCAGCAGUCAGUGGGCUGUCUCAGGUGGAUUAUUCCUACAUUGCUGAGGAAACUGGAAAAUGUGUCUUCGCUGCAGAGGUCUUCAACUGCCAGGCCCCAGACUCUGGGAAUAUGGAGGUGCUGCAUUUGUAUGGAUCUGAGGAGCAGAAGAAGCAGUGGCUGGAGCCCUUACUGAGAGCAGAGACCCGAUCCUGCUUCUGCAUGACCGAGCCAGAUGUUGCCUCCAGUGAUGCCACCAACAUGGAGUGCACGCUUCAAAGGGAUAAAGACCACUACAUCAUCAAUGGAAAGAAGUGGUGGAGCAGUGGUGCAGGAAACCCCAUGUGCAAGAUCGCUGUGGUGAUGUGCAGGAGCAAAACAGUCAACCAAAAUGACAGGCAUGGUCAGCACAGUAUGAUUUUGGUUCCUAUGGACACACCUGGAGUGAAAAAGAUCCGACCGCUCACUGUGUUCGGACAGGAUGAUGCUAGCCAUGGCGGCCAUUUUGAGGUCCACUUUGACAACGUGCGCGUUCCUGCCUCCAACAUUCUUCUAGGUGAAGGACGAGGGUUUGAGAUAGCCCAGGGCCGGUUGGGUCCAGGCAGGCUGCACCACUGCAUGAGAGCCGUGGGUGCGUCUGAAUAUGCUCUGGAGCUCCUGUGCAAAAGAGCAGCCAGCAGACAAACCUUCGGGAAGAAACUGUACCAACAUGAAGUUGUGGCUCAUUGGAUAGCAGAGUGUCGCAUUGCUAUUGAGCAGACACGCCUGCUGGCUCUACAUGCAGCUCACACACUGGAUACAAAGGGGAACAAGGCCGCGAGGAAGCAGAUAGGCAUGAUAAAGGUGGUAGCUGGAAGGAUGGCGAGUAAGGUGGUGGACUGUGCCAUUCAGGUGCACGGGGGUGCAGGCGUGUCUGAUGACUUUCCACUCGCUCACAUGUAUGCGUACGCACGGACACUGCGUCUGGCUGAUGGUCCUGAUGAGGUUCAUCUCUCCUCCAUCGCUCAAAUGGAGCUCAGAGAUCAGCUCAGACGAAUGAGUGCUAAACUCUGAGCAUCAGGUUCACACUGUUUCAUCAUGGAUGCUGGAGACCACCUAGCAACCUCUCUGCAAUGACUCUGCAAUUACUUAUUAGUGUGUAAUUGGUAAUUGACCAGGUAACACACCUAUAUAAUCAACCCUUUCUAUCACUGUCUAACUGUCAAUCCACACUGAGUUUAAUCAGCUCUGAAACAAUGACUGAUUCUGCAAUAUUUCUGUGCUUUGUGCCUCAUCUAUCACGUACUGAAACUCUGACUUUCUGACUUUCUAUUGAUUUCUUUAUGAGCUCGGAGUGCUCGCAAUAUUACAGCGUGACAUUUUGACACAUGGUCACUAAAACUAAAAUGAAUGUUCGAGUCAAUGCAGCAAUCUUUUUAAUCAGGAAACAUUUCAAGCCCUAGAUCAGCCUCUAAUGAAAAAGCCUGAAGUAUCGACUCGGCCGAUAUGAAGAUCACCAAGCUGAAUCUACAGUUUUAAUAAAAUAAAUGUGCUACAUGAAGUUCUUUGAGUGAUACCACAGAAAAACUAUUUUUCAUUCCAUAAGGAGCCAUUCCGAAGACAGAUGUGGUUGUAAAGAGCCUUUAAAUUGGUGAAGGGCCUUGGAUAUAAGAUAUAAGUCUGAUAUCAAUAUGAACACUAUAAGUGUAUAUAUAUCAUCACUCACAUAUUUUGCCAGGCUACAGAAGACUAGGGGCCCUAUUUUAGUGAUUUGUAGACAAACCAUCAACCGUGUAGCUUGAUUUAGGGUGUGUCAGUGUGUCUUUGCUAUCGUAACAACUGGAAAAGUACACCUUGCGAAGCUCGAAACACUUAAAAGACAUGCACUAAUUCUCCUAAAUAAUUAUGAGUGUGUUUUGGGUGUAAUGUGCAAUAAAUGUCUGACUGUGUUGUUGCUUUCAGACAGUGGCUCACCUGUGUUUUCCGUUGCUAAGAUAGCAAUACGCCAGAAAUUUCAAGACCAUCACACUCAUCAUUGUAGAUACUGUAUAUUCACAAGCAUUGUUGCUAUUUAAGUGACGCAGGUACAAGGUAUGUAAAUAGACUGUUGGCGGGGUGUUAGAUAGCAAUAAGCAUUGAAACAAGGUGUAAGAUAGAGCCCUUGGUUUUGUUCAGCCCUUUCUGCUCAGCUUGAAUGCAGUGAAAUGAUAGGAGUAUCCUGUAAGCAACGUUAUUCAUUGAUCAAUGCUCUGAAUAAUGUAUAUUGGAAUACUUGAACUGCUGUUGUUGUUAUUAAAACACAUUUUCUAUCAUGAUAUAAAUUGAUAUUUUGAUAGAUACUGUCAAGCACAAUUUUAUAUAUCAAGUUCUUUAAAGCUUUUCAAAGGUUUUAAACACACAUCUCCUGCUUAAGGAACCAAAAGUGGUUCUUCUAUGCCAUUGUUCAAAGAACCAUUUGUAGAAUCUUUUUUUUUAUUUUAAGUUUUAAUAGCUAAACUAUCAAAAACAUUUAUCAUGACUCAUUAAUCAUCAGUUUGACAUAUUUUUCAAUUAUACAAAAAAUGUGUAAUAAUAUCUUUAAAAAUGCUGGGUGAUGGAAUGAUGGGUACAUUUUUAUAAAAUACCAAGAUGUCUAAUUUUUACUACCUGUCAAAUCAUUUAAACACUACUUUUUUAUUUAAAUAAAGAUAAUUUACUUGCA